AUGAAAGCGCCUGAGAGUGUCCCAAAAAACAGAAGGGUCCUUAACAGCGUCUUCAUGAGAGGCAAGUGGUUCAGGGUAAUGCUUGUUCUCCAUUCCGUUCUUGAAACUUUUCUUGCUCCCCGGCGACAUUUCCACGCCGUCGCCGCAGAAACCAAGAAGAGGAGAUUGGCAAUUCACGGUCGAAUAAUCAAAUCUGUGAAUUACAAUCAAGGGUUCAUCGGCGAUCAGUUGGUGUCUGGUUAUAUUAAAUUGGGAUGUACAAAAGAUGCAUUUGAUCUGUUCGAUGAAUUGCCUGAGAAGGAUUUGGUCUCCUGGAAUUCUUUGAUUUCUGGGUUUUCUCGCCGGGGGAAUUUGGGAGUUUGCUUGAAUUUUUUUUCAGGAUGA